CAACAUUUUUGCCCAUUCACUCAACCGUCUCCAUGAUUUAGACUAUAAGAUUCCAAAUAUCUCUUAACUACUUAACACAGUACAACAUCUUGACCUCAAAAUCUUUCGUCAUUCCGAAAUUCGCUGCAUUGCAACCCCCUUGAUCACAUUCCACACCAGGCUAUCAAACCUCGCCGCUCAAGGCUACCAAACUUUACAAUGCGAGCACGUCUACGUGCCCCAGGAGGAGCUUCAACAAUCACACUCCCAAACGACGCAACAGUAGGCGACCUAAUAACCCAAAUAAUUGAAAAGACAUCCAUCACCAAAUUCGACAUCAAGUACGGCUAUCCACCCCAACCCCUGCGUUUAGAGCAGCAAGAAAAGUCCCUACCGUUGAGCCAGCUCGACAUAAAGCUAGAUGGUGAACAACUCACGAUUAGUCCUCGAGAUGACGGGGUCGAGAAGGAGACCAAUAGCAAGCAAGAGAGCGUUACACCCGCAAACAAGGUAGCAUCGAAGGCUGGCGGGCCGUCUACCUCAACGUCAUCUAGAUUUUCCUUUACCGGAGCUUCUUCUGAAAGUAUUGAAAAGUCGGAACAGAAGAAGGAGAGGAAACAAGUAUCAUUACAACGAAAAGCCAUGGAAGGAGACGUUCCAGAACUACCAUUACCGGAGCGUGGCGCUACACUAGUCCUCAGAGUAAUGCCAGACGACAAUAGCUGUCUAUUUCGCGCCUUCGGAGCAGCAGUUCUCCCAGGAGACGAUCUCACCAUGACCGAACUCCGUUCCCUAGUAGCAGCCGCAAUCCAAGCCGAUCCAGAAACCUACUCGCAAGUAGUCCUAGAGCAGAAGCCAGACGACUACUGUCGCUGGAUCCAAACCCCCGACGCCUGGGGCGGCUUCAUAGAACUCGGUAUCCUAGCCAAACACUUCGACAUCGAAAUCUGCAGCAUCGACGUCCAGACUCUCCGAGUAGAUAAAUUCAACUCCGACCGCCCCACCCGCUGCAUCCUCGUCUACUCCGGCAUCCACUACGACACGAUCGUGCAAUCGCCCUCGGAACCACCGCACCUAACAUCCACCAACCCACCCGAAUUCGACGUCCGAGUCUUCGACAACGCCGACGACUACAUUCUGCAGAAAGCCCUCGAACUAUGCAAGAAACUGCAGGCGAAGCAUUAUUUUACUGAUACGGGGGGCAUGGCUAUAAAGUGCAACAUCUGUGGCGUGGUGGUGUAUGGGGAGGGGCAGGCGGCCGGGCAUGCGGGGCAGACGGGGCAUUAUGAUAUGGCGGAGGUGAGAAUGUUGGGUGGUAAAUAGAUUUUCUUGUGGGUUGGGGCUGGGUGGUGGUUGGCUAUAUGGGUACUGAUCAUAGCGUGGGUUUUUUCAUUUUGUUUCUGGACAAGGAUGUGGUUGUACUCAUUUUAUGGAGCAUGCAUGGCCUUAUGACACCCUUUCUUGUCAUGGGAGGGCAAAUUGACCCCUAUUUUCUAGCGAGAUCUCACAGAAAUGAAAAGUGUCAAAUCACUAGGACUGCUUAGCAAUACAAAGAGC